CGUAGCCCCUUCCGCGACAGAUCAUAGAAUACACGUAUGCAACAAUUGUUUAUAAGUUAAACAUCGCUUUAUCCUUCACCUCUUUCUUUUCGUGGCAUCUUAACCCUCUCCAGCAAAUUGAAUAAUGGGGAAGGGACUCAACAUUUCAACUGGCAUACUCGCCAUUCUCUCACUUGCACCAUGGGCCGUCUAUCUGGGUGGCCUGGGGAAAUUGACCAAUGAGCUCACCGGUUUCCACUUCUCCCAAGCGUCUAAACAAGUUAUUAUCAUGCUUGAGUGGUACGUGCUGGGUGCCCAACUUAUCAACCUACUCAUCAUCGCCAUCACAGCCUUUUCGGGCCGCCUCCACCGAGUCCACUCCCUCCUGAACAUGUUCCUGGCUGUCAACACCGCUCUCCUCAUCUUGCGUGCUACGGAGCGUAUCACCCAAAUCAACAUUAUCCAGGACGACGCUUCCAGCUCGGGAAUCCUGCUCGGCCUGCCAACCAACUUCACCGACAGCUCUGACUCCACCGACAUUUUUGACUCCAUCAAGAUCCCCGGUUCGUCCGGCCCUUGGGACCCCUUGCCGUUCCUUCGUGCGCUGGCGUGCGGUCAGGUUGCGAGCGCGACGAUGAACUUCUUCCUUGCCAUCCUGUUGAGCCUGGCGGGCACUCGCGCUGACACCGAUCCAAAGGUGCAGGCUGCGACGGCAAAGGCUGUGUCAGCUUAAGAUGAAUUGAUUGCUGCCAUGAUGUUGCAGUGCUUGAGACGGUGCCACAUGCACAACAUUUUAUAGUGGCAUCUUAGGCCUGAUGUUGCUGGCGUGAAGCACACUGUGGCGUGGCAACUGAGCAGCAUGGAAGGAUUCCCUUAAUAAUACAUGUCGUAAUGUAUCUCGAUGAACACUGUUAGUUUCAAGGUCCGUAGUUGUUGUCAAUCCCGUAACUUGGUCAUUGGGUGGUCGACGUGUUAGGGGUUCAAAAUGUCAGCGAUCCUCUCGUCUACAUCGCGUGCCAUGUGUGAGACCAGGAUGUGAUGCUGUGAUGUCAGCAGCUUCUCAUCACAAUCUGUGUGCAGGCCGUGAGACGCUCUUCCAUAUAAUAAUUAUUUGUGCCAGGGUAAUACUUAAUUGGCUAUACCGCCCAUACGCAUUAUCUAACUCUCUAUCGGGAGCCCUCAGCGCAGAUGUAUGCAUACAUAAUGUAACAACUGCAGACAAGACAGGGC